AAAAUACCGGGAUGGCAAGUGUGCAGCUUUUGACGGAAGCGUUUAAACUGUUGCUGCUGCUCUUCCUCGUAUAUGUGCAGCCAGUGUUGGGGAUGAUGUUGUAAAGUGGAGUAGUGUGCCGCUUCGAGUUCAACAAUCUCACGCGUACAGUGCGUUUUGCCAUAUAUUUGAUCGUUUUUGGAUUCGCCAUUGCCAGCGCCAUAGUUGUUGGCAUCUUGUUCCGUCGCAGUGAUCGCGCUCACGGUUUCAGUUCAGUCCUUCCCAAUACCGCCGUUCCGCCGUAGUUCCGCCUCUGGUUGUUGCUGGUGUCACUUCGUCGUUUGUUUGUUUGCAUUUGUGGAGUGAACUAUCGCCACGCAAUUGAUAUACAACAAAGGCAGAAUACUGCAAAACAACAAAGCUGAAAAAGAAACAAAAAAAGAGAAGAAGAACUUGCAAGACAUCCACACACACACGCACACACGCCACAUAGUGCAAUAAUCCACCAGUUCAAAUCGAAAAAGUGCUCCACGCAGUCAGCAGUUGCAAUAUAAGCAGCGAUAAGCAGCACCAAUAACUGCUGCGCCGCGUCGAAACUAUCCGCAGUGCAGUUGCGCCAUCCCAAGUCAGCGGUCAGCAAUUAUUACAACGAUCAUAGCAUUUCUUCGCCAGUCAGCGCCCGCCAAUGUGCCCGCAUUAUCGGCUAAGCGAAUAAUUAGUCAAAGCAACCAGCUAGCAACCGGGACAGUGUCAGCGGCGAUUGGUGAUUGUCGUCGCACAACAACAGCAGCAGCAUCCGUAAUAGCUCCAAGAGCAAAGUACUCAACAAUAAAUAGACAAACAAAGUGCAGCAAAAAUGUUGAAAACAAAAGCCAAUGAUGACAAAGUGGAUACUUUGCUGACCAAGGGUCUGGUGCCGAUAAUCGAUCUCGCUCAUUGCGGGACCGAGGAGGCGCCAGUCCGUUCAGUUGUGAAUCGAGUUGGGCACCAGUUACAAAAAUGUUUGAGUGAGAAGGGACUCUGCUUGCUUGUAAAUCAUGGUAUUUCCGAUGAAAAGCUGAAAACCGCUUGGGAUCAUCUAGAUGACUUUGUUGAUCUACCGAAUGACGUAAGGGAGCUUUAUAUACGUACCGGUGAUGAUAAUCAUGGAUACGUGCGUCCUGGUGUUGAACGUUUCGAUGGCAAAACACCCGAAUUGCGUCACGCUUUCAACAUAUGCACAUUAAAUGCUACAAAUCUACCUGAAGAACCAUUGCCUGGGUUUGCGGAACAUAUAUCUUCGUUGGCACAGGAUUUCAAAGCCCUUUCGCGCUUCAUCCUACAGGCACUUGCUGUCUCCCUCGACAUACCACAGUCGUUCUUCCUCGAGAAGCACUCACACAUGCUGUCCGGUGACCACGACAAUGAGUCCACACUGCGCCUCCUGUAUUAUCCCCCUAUCAUUGAAGAUACCGAUGAUAAGAAUGACUUUGUCAAAGGAAGUUGCAUUUACAGCUAUCAGCGCUGCUUGUCAGAUCAGCCUGAUUUCCGGCCCGAAUCGAAUCCGCGUGAUGAAAUUAACGAACUGGAUGGAAAUGAAGAGAACAAGAACACCACCGUACGCCAAUUGCCCAACGGUGAGAUGAUACGUUGUGGUGCGCACACAGAUUAUGGCACAUUCACAUUAUUGGCACAAGACUCUGAGGGUGGCCUGGAGGUGAAAUUGCCCGGUAGUGAAAAGUGGCAACGCGUUGGUCAUCUGCCCGGUGCCAUUUUGAUAAACUGCGGUGAAAUCCUCUCAAUAUGGACAAAAGAAAGAUAUCCUGCAUUGCCUCAUCGUGUUGUGAUACCAGAGCAGCAACAUAUACGAUCGCGAGGACGCCACUCAAUAGCGUUCUUCUGCCAUCCAGAUAACCUAACUAUGAUAUCACCAAAUGAUCUGCCCAACACCGAAGCCGGCACAGACACCGUCGACAAGAAACCGCGCAAGAAGUCAUUCAAGGCGGCGAAAGAAAAAGUAUACAACGCUUACCAGUUGAUACAGAAGCGAUUUCGCGAAACGUAUGGACAGCAAAACUCGCACUGAUAAUCACACCGGAACAUCUUAGCUCUUAGCUCAUUGGUCCAUAUUACAACUUACCUUCAUAUAUAGAUUAUUUAGCACAUAACGACAGUGACGUGAAUAAACAUUGUGUCGCAGUGUUCCAGUUGUAACAUAAACGGAAAAGAGCACCUCGGGUUCAGCGCUAAGCCACUUUUAUUCCGCAAAUAAAGUCGAGUUGUGCUUGUUUUCUUCAUUAAGUUUAAUUUAACUCAUUCAUGUUGUAUUUAUAUUUGUAUGUCAGACAUAAUUUGUAUUCGUAUUUUUAUUUAUAUUUUAAUAGAUUUUUAUCCUAGUUGUACAUCAUAUAUACACCUUGGUACAUCUACACAAAGUACACAAUGUAUAUGUAUGCAUAUGCAUAACGGAUCUACUAAAUACAUGUAUGUGUGUAUGUCCGCAAUGCAUUGGCAACGUUCGUAUUAACAUUUACGUAAAUAAAACGAACAGUUACAAUACAUAAAAUAAUUA